GAAGGAAAAGCCGACUAUCAUGAAACGACGUCGUUAGUUCGUGUAAUGAAAACGGCACGUCGUUUAAUUGCAAGUCCUGAAAACAAACGCACUACUUCGCUCUGACUGGCCUCGCUCGUCUCUGCCAGACCCAGUUGUGCAGGCUUGCUUUUUGUAUGUGUCUCUGCAUCUCUGAGAGUGAUUCUGGUUAGGUUUUUUAUUGAUUCUAUUCAGAUUAUCAGAAGAUGAGAGUAUAUUCCAUCUUCAUUCUCUUCUUCAUUGGUUCAUUUCUCCCAUCAUCAUCUUCUUCCAAACACCAUUUUCUCGGAAUUUCUCCUCAAGAUGAGAAUUACUAUAAGUCAUCAUCCGAUACUAUUAGCUGCAAAGAUGGAUCCAAGAAAUUCUCCAAAUCCCAGUUCAAUGAUGAUUUCUGUGAUUGCCUUGAUGGCACCGACGAGCCUGGUACAUCCGCUUGUCCCACUGCAAAGUUCUACUGUAAAAACGCUGGACACAUUCCCCAAUUCUUGUUUUCUUCAAGAGUGAAUGAUGGUAUUUGUGAUUGUUGUGAUGGGAGCGAUGAGUAUGAUGGUCAAGUGAAGUGUCCCAAUAUGUGUUGGGAGGCUGGUAAAGUGGCUAGAGAUAGGUUGAUCAAGAAAAUAGCUACGUAUAAGGAAGGGGCUGCAUUACGAAAGCUGGAAGUUGAAAAGGCUAAAGUAGCCAUAGCUAAAAAAGAAGCUGAACUAACAUUACUUAAAAUCGAGGAGAAGGUAUUGAAAGUUCGUGUUCGAGAGCUAAAAGAACAUAAGGAACUGAUAGAGAAAGAAGAGGAGAAAGUAAGGUUGCAGAAAGAGAUGGAAGAAAAAGGAAAAAGAGAAGCAGAGGAAGAUUUAAAGGAAAAAGGGAAAGCCGACAAGGAAGGGGAGGUGGAACAUGAAAAGGUUGAGGAAGAAGCUAGCACUGAAAACCAACCCACAGAAAGCACACAUGAUGAUAUAAUUGGUAACGUGGAGGAUUCUUCUUCAAAGGAGCAUGCCUCGGAAAAUACGCACGAGUCUGCUUCACCAACAACCGACGAUGUUUCUUCUGUUGCAACUGAAAUUGCUGAUGAUGCUGGAAGCAAAAUAUCACCUGAUGUAGACAAGAAAGAGAAUGAAGUGUCAUCUGAUAUUUCUGAGGGAAUGUCGAGGGAAGAGUUAGGUCGCAUUGUUGCUUCCCGUUGGACUGGGGAAAGUACUAAGAAUCAAGUUGGUAAUAAAGAUCAUGCUGAUGACAGCCAUGAAGAGACACCUAAGAACACACAUGAUGAGCAAUAUGAUCACCAUGCUACUGAUACUGUUGUAGACACUGGGAAAGAUGAUAAUGAAAAAUAUGAUUAUGAAAUAGAUGAUGAACAGGAUGAAAGUUAUGAAGAGGAGAGUCAUGAUGAUAUGUCUUCAUACAACUAUGAUGAUGAACCUGACUUGUCAGAUACAACAUCCUCAUAUAACUCCUCUUGGUUGGAGAAGAUACAACAAAAAGCUAGGAACCUUCUAAAGGCUUUUAAUUUAUUUCAAACUCCUGUAAACCUAACAGAGGCUGCUACUGUACGCAAGGAAUAUGUUGAUUCUGGUACCAAGUUAUCUAAAAUACAAUCAAGGAUAUCAAAAUUGAAAGAAAAGCUAAAACACGAUUUUGGACCAGAGAAGGAGUUCUAUGCGUUCUAUGGUCAUUGUUUUGAGACCAACCAGAAUAAGUACGUUUACAAAGUGUGUCCGUACAAACAAGCUUCUCAAGAGGAGGGCUACACAUCAACCAGUUUGGGGAAUUGGGACCAAUUCGAGGAAUCCUACAGGAUGAUGGUAUUUUCUAAUGGAGAAAAUUGCUGGAAUGGCCCUGAUAGAAGUAUGAAGGUGAAGUUGAGAUGUGGUUUGAAGAAUGAGAUCACUGAUGUUGACGAACCCAGCCGAUGCGAAUACGUAGCGAUACUGUCCACCCCAGCUGUUUGUCUGGAAGAUAAGCUAAAGGAGUUGCAACAUAAACUAGAUUUGAUGAACAAAGAACAACCUCGGGAACGUGAUGAACUUUGAGGAGCCUUGAUAGUAAUUUUGACAGUCCGGUUCAGGUAUAAGAUGUUGAGGAAAUAUGGAAUGUGGACUUUUUGAGCUGGUAGAGUAAAAUGAAUUUGAAGCAUUGUAUUAGACGACCAACAUUGUACCUUGUAUUUGUUAUUAUUAUUAUUUUUUUAUCAUAGCAGAGAAUGUUUCAUUCAGAUUGCAAA